AUGUUUUCAUGGGGAGAGGACAGUCAGGGGGGGUUUCGGGUGAAACAGGGCUCAGCAGAUGCAGCAGGUGAUGGAAUUCACUUACUAAAGCUCAGUUUUCACAUCAAGGAUCUGUCAGCAGGUCACAGCGUGCUCGCUUUCGUCAAAACAAAUGGAAAUGCGUUCAUCAUCCGCACAAACGAAAGGAACGAUGGAAGAAGAGUGAGAGGAAAACAGAAGUUUGUGAAAUACAAAGAGAAGAUUCAGGCUGUGAGUUGUGGCGAUGAUGUGGUCACACUGCUGUCUGAAACAGGCAGAGUUCUCUGUGUGGACUCAGCUCACCCUCCUUUUACACCCAGGCCGCUGGAUGUAUUGUGUACCACAUACCAGUACCAAAUACCAGUAUCUCAGGUUGCUUGUGGGAGCCAGCAUUUUGUUGCCCUGACCAAAGAUGGUCGAGUGUACACAUGGGGCCAGGACUCCAGAGGCCAGCUGGGUCUGGGAAAGAUAAAGCUCGACACCAAUUCACCGCAACACCUCCAAUCCCUGUCAUCGAUCCCCCUGGUCCAGAUCGCUGCAGGGGGGGAGCAGAGCUUUGCCCUCUCUGUCUCUGGAGGGGUGUUCAGCUGGGGUAGAAAUGACUGUGGACAGCUCGGGCUGGGAGACACUAAAGACAGACACACACCAACCCCUGUUCAUUCACUGGACAUGAAGAAAACUAUUCACAUCUACUGUGGAAAGGACCACACUGGCAUUUUGACAAAGGAUGGUGUAGUGUUUACAUUUGGCUCUGGUCAGUAUGGACAGCUUGGGCACAACUCAUUCAGUGAUGAACUACGUCCUCGCAUUGUUGCAGAAUUCUGGGGGGCAAAGGUCAUCAAGAUUGCAUGUGGACGACAUCACACAUUAGUGAUGACGGACUCCAAGAAAGUCUACUCCUUUGGGUAUGGAGAGCAAGGCCAGCUGGGACAUGGAGAGGAGAGUCAUCCAUCUGUGCCACUGCCUGUUCAACUACCACAGGACGCCGCUGAUGCUCCUCAAAUUCGGGACAUCUAUGCAGGAGGAGGCUGCUCAUUUGCAACAUGCUCAUCCACUGAGGGGUCAAACAGUGACAGUAUGAACAAGGUUCAGCACUGUCUUGAUGGUUUGAUUGACAGAUGGACCUCUGAACAUGAUUCAAAGUCAUGGAAAAAGAUCAAACAGGAAAUCCAAAGGAUAUUUUCUUUUGCAUCCUGUGUGAAUCAAAGCUUCCUUGAGCAAAGCAGAGAUAAGCAUUUCCAAACCUCUCCAACAUACUUCGGCUUGAACUUGUCAGUUGCACGCCGCAAUUUCAAGAAACUGGUGAAGAAGGAAACUGUUUUGGCAGAGGUUGAAACUGCUGUCAUGCACUUGCUUCCCACUCUUGAUAAGAAUCCAGUAGGAGUGGAGGGGCUGAGGAUCUAUCUGCUUCUCAUUGAGCUUCUGCAUGUGAUCCAGAAACACAAACGGCAACAGAGCACAAACCUAGCUGAGGCCGUUGCUGAUGCUGUAGUAAGACUGUCUGCUGACAGCCUCCGGGUCAUAGGGGACUGGUGGUCCUCACUGUCACCCUCCACCAUGGUUAAAUAUGUUAAAGUGUGGAAGCAGACCCUCUCAGUGAUCCUGUCCUUACAUCCGGUUCCACGCAACAAUGGUGUCAAAAACCUGCUACUGGUCCUCCAAUACAUGUACAAUGCCAACAGCAGGAUCACAGAACGUCGAAGGAUGCCAGAAAGAGAUUUUUGUUUGUCAAUGGAUGAAGGCUUUCUCAAUCAGGAUCUGCGGCUUUGGCGUUCACGGUCACAGCACAAGCCACUUAUCCUAUGCAGCUUUCCAAUUGUGAUGGAUCUGAAAUCAAAGAAAAGGGUGUUUGACAUGAAUGCUGAAUACACAAAGGUAACUGAAGCUUUAAACUGUGCCUCAUGAGAACAAGCCUUUACACACAACACUGUCAGGCUGGACCUGAAGCGAGCAACAGUUUUGGAAGACACAUUUCAACAACUGGCUGCUGUUGAUCACAGUAACUACAAGAGAACUCUUAUGGUCUACUUUGAUGCAAACUAUCAUGCUGUUGAUGAUGAUAAUCUCCAAAUAAAAGACUUUUUUCAUGACGUGUUUCAUGAGAUGUUCUCUGCUGAAUCUGAGAUGUUCAUGUUCAACGACUCCAAAACGCUGGCAUGGUUCCCCUCAAGAGCAAAACAGGACGAGAAGAGAUACUUCCUGUUUGGAGUUCUGUGUGGAUUGGCCUUGUUCAACCAGUGCAUCAUACACUUACCAUUCCCACUGGUACUGUUCAAGAAGCUGCUCGGUGUUAAGCCUUCACUGGAGGAUAUGAUGGAAUUCAGUCCCUGCAUUGGAAAGACUCUACAGUACAUCCUGGAAGAAGAUGACAUCGAAAACCUGGACAUGUACUUCUUAAUCAACUGGGAUGAGACAGACGUUGACCUUGAUCCUGACAAUCCUGAAAAGCUGGUGACAAAUCAAAAUAAGAAGGAGUUUGUUGAUGCCUACGUGAAUUAUGCCUUCAACACAUCAGUGGUGAGGCUGUUCCAGGAGUUCAAGCGAGGCUUCUUCCAGGUGUGUGACCGGGAUUUGGUGAAGCUGUUUCGGCCAAAGGAGCUACAGGAAGUUCUUGUGGGCAAAGACUUCCAUGAUUGGACAAAGCUGAAACAGAACACAGGUUAUGAGUGGGGUUACCAUGCUGGACACCCCACCAUACAGAUGUUUUGGGAGGUUGUUGAUGAACUAACUGAGGAUCAGAAGACAGCUUUCCUUUGGUUUGUGACAGGGUUUGAGAAGGUUCCUAUUCUUGGUGUGGAUACAAUCAAGAUGACAGUUCGAGUCAAACAAGUUGAAGACCUCUCCUACGACCAGUACUACCCUGAGACACAUACGUGUUUCUCGAUCCUAGAGUUGCCCAUAUACUCCACCAAGGAGAUCAUGCGAGACAGGCUGACAGAGGCCCUGAGCAACAAGAGAAACUGCCACAAGUGAUGGUGGCACUGUACCCCGAUGAUACACUGUAUCUAUACUGAUUUCCAGCGGGCAUCCCCAACAGAAGACUGUUAGAGAGCACUUUAUAAAUGGCUGAG